UGCGGGAUAGGGAUCUCUGGCUUAUGCGGUGCCCACUGAUAUGCAACUGGGCUAUUGAGUUUCAUUUGCCACAUCGCGUGUUUCGUCAGUUUGGUCUGUUCCAGCCUCACCCGCCGGAAUGGGUGGAUACGGACAAAGCACUUCAUAGGUUGGACAGGAGAAGGCAGCGGAAGAUAAAGGACUGGGACAAGCAUCAUGCUUCGUAUGUUACCCGCUUCCAGCUUUGCGUGGAGCAAGCUCGUAGCAGUGCACGCGCCCAGCUUCGUGAGCAUAACCCACUUGCUUUUGAUAACUACAUACGAUGGCUUCUUGAAAAUACUCGAGUUGAGAUAUGCCCGCCAGCAUAUAAUGAGGAUAUUCUUGAAGAACCCAUGAACUUUGAGGAUCUAUCAAAGGGGAAGUACAACAGAGAUGUUAGGGUAGGGCAAGGAGUCCCUGCUGUUCCGGUGAUUAACUAUGUGCGCACCGAGAUCAAGAAAGCAGCUGAUGAGAGCCAGUCUAUUCUGGAGAACACACCGGUUGGAAAAGGCAAUGAUGAUGGUUCACUACAAGCAUUCCUCAAGGUACAUUAUGCCUUCCCUCGAACUCAACAACGUCACUUGGGUCCAUCCAAUUCAAAUCCUUCCUCACUUGGUCCAAGAGCUCCGCAUAGCUAG